AUGAGAGAUUUCAAGUUGCUACAAUACCAUAAAUACAUCUCUGAAUUGGUCAAGCAAUUCGAAGAAGUUCAGUUUGAGCAUAUGCUUAGAAAGGAAAACCAAAUUAUCGAUGCAUUGGCUACUCUAGCUGCAAUGAUUAAAAUAGAUGCAACUACUAAAAUUCAACCCAUCAAACUAGAUGUGAAUGAUGAACCGGCGCAUUAUUUAGGUGUCGAAGAAGAAGUUGAUAGGGAGCCAUGGUUGGCUAUGAGUUUCUUCCUUGAUAGAGAUGUUUUUUACAAAAGAGGUCGAGAUCAAGUGCUUUUAAGAUGUGUGAAUGUAGUUGAAGUGAAAAGGAUUAUUGGAGAAGUGAAUGAUGGAAUCUAUGCCGAUAAGAUCCAAGCUCAUCUAAUAGCAUUACAUGUUUUGGCUCCUCUAUGGCCAUUCUCUAUGAAAAUGGACACCAAAUUGAGAGGGCCCAUACGUGGUGAAAAGGCCAUUUCUAAUAGGGUAUUUAAUUUUGGCAGGGAUGGACGUAAGUGA